AUGGAUUCCCCAAGCGUGCGCCGCAAGUCAUCAGGAGCCAAGAGCGAACUUGUCGUUAUCCUCACUGUUAACGCCGAAAAAUUGAAGGAAAUUCUCGAACCUAGUCCCGUCAAGGAGGAUUCCCCCGUCAAGAUGGACGUCGAUGAGACAAAUGGCAUCAAGGAGAACCAAGAAUCGCAGGACUCCCCUGCCACCUCAACGACGCUGCCUGUUCCUGCUGCGACGAAUGGCGAGAACGCAUCUGACUCCAAUCCUGCCACGCCUGUUGCAGGCGGAACUCCAGCACCCACUUCAAUGGGACCUCCUACCGAAGGAGCCAAGAAGAAGGGCAACAAGCGCGGUCCUGGUGCUGUUAAUGGCAUUGGACCCGAUGGCCAGCCCAAGGUCCGAGGCAAACCGGGCCCCAAAAAGAAGGCUCGAUUGGAGGAUGGCACAAUCGACCCUAACGCCCGGUCGGGAGCUGCCGGACACAAGCUAGGCCCCAAGGCGAAUCAGGGAGCCAUCAAUGCCGGUCUCCGAGCUCUCGACCGAUCAGGCAAGCCCUGCCGUAAAUGGGCGAGGGGCGGCUUCACACUCAAAAGCUUUACUGGCAUUGUCUGGGAAGUACCUCGUUGGACCGCACCGCCCAAAAUGCUUCCUGAGUCCACUACCGAAGAAUCGGCUGCCGCUUCUGCGGACAGCAGCACUAAGGAGAACAAGGAGAACGACCAGGUGAAGAGCGAUGCCAACAGUGCUGUCAACAGCGGCGUUGACGUUGAGAUGCGGAGCGCGCCCGGCAGUGUUCCCGCCAGCUCCCCGGCUCCGAUGGCCAUUUCCGCCGCAUCAUAG